AUGGCGUCGAGUCACGACUUGAAAGAGGUUCUAAAAGAGAUCCUGGAAAAUCGGGGCAGCUUGGCUGAGAUAAAAGCACGAUUAAGAGCAGAAGUGUUUACAGCUCUGGAUGAGCCAGCAGAACUGAAGCCAACACUCAGCAGCGACAAUCUGCUUAUUUUUGAAUUAAUACGUGAAUUCCUGGAGUACAACAGAUGCAAAUAUUCAGCCUCAGUAUUAGUUUCAGAAAUCGGACUUCCAAAAGUACCUCUAGACCGUGAUUUUGUACGACAUGAACUAAAUAUUGUGGAGGAUGCACCUUCUAAAACUGUGCCAUUGUUAUAUAGCCUUGUUUCCAGUUACAAAGACAGUAACAUGGAUAGAUGGAACAAAAUACAAGGCAAUUUGACAAAAACUACAGCAGGUGACAUAAAAGAUGAUGAAAAUUGUGAAUCAACUCCUGUGAUAGUGCAUGGAAAGAAACUGUAA